AUGAGGAACUCACCCGGGCUGUUUCUACCUGUGCUUUGUAAUGUGGCAGCUCCUGGUGUGCUUCUUUCUCACAAGCCAAAGGAAAAAAAUCGGAUUGACAGUAAUAAUGAAAACUCUGUCCCAAAAGACUUUGAAAAUAUUGACAAUAGUAAUUUUGGGCCCAGAAUGCAAAAGCAGAAGUUGCAACCAGAAGCGAAGAGUAAAGCACCAAUUGAGAAGAAAGCCAAGUAUGAGCAGAUGGGCAAAGCCAAGGAUCAUUCAUUGCUGGGCAAGAGCACCAAUGAAGUCCUAAAAUAUGGGAGCUUUCAGGCAAAAAAUGCCAGCAAUUUGCAACCAAACUACAAGACUAGGAACGUCUACAAAGGAGUAGUGAUUGGAAAGGGUACUCAAGAAAUCCAUUAUGACCAGACUCCCAGAUGUGAAAUAUCGGGCAAGGAAGCAUUGUCUGCACUCUCCAGGGCUAAAAGCAAACAUUGUCGACACGAGAUUGCUGAGCUCUAUUGCCUUCAUAAAGAUGGCAAGUUAAUGCCGGAAAAGGUACCUCGACUGUGUCCGUUGGAGGGUAAAGCGGCAAAUACUAUCCAGCCAGACGAUGACUCCUUGGAAUCUUUGCCUCAAAACCCUGUCAGAAUUGCCUUCGUUUUGGUUGUUCAUGGGAGAGCUUCGCGACAGCUGCGGCGCAUGUUCAAGGCGAUUUAUCACAGAGAUCACUACUAUUACAUUCAUGUGGACAAGCGAUCAAACUAUCUGCACCGGGAUGUAUUAGAGUUUGCCAGUCAGUAUCCAAAUGUGAGAGUCACACCUUGGCGAAUGGCCACCAUCUGGGGUGGAGCAAGUCUGCUGACCAUGUACCUGCAGAGCAUGCGGGAUCUACUGGAGAUGAAAGACUGGCCCUGGGACUUCUUCAUCAAUCUGAGUGCUGCUGACUACCCAAUUAGGACUAAUGAUCAACUGGUGUCUUUCUUGUCAAGAUACAAAGAUAUGAAUUUUCUGAAGUCUCAUGGCAGAGAUAAUGCAAGCCUGCUGUCUGCAAAUUCUGAUGUGGACCGGACAGGUUUCCUGCUGUCAACUCCACCUACAGCUAGUUAUCAGACAUCCUUCUUCCACACGGUCCUGGAGAAUAGUCAUCUCUGUGAGACGAUGGUGGAUAACAACUUGCGAAUUACCAACUGGAAUCGGAAGCUUGGCUGUAAGUGCCAGUACAAACACAUUGUGGAUUGGUGCGGCUGCUCUCCCAAUGACUUCAAGCCACAGGAUUUCCACCGCUUCCAGCAAACGGCAAGGCCAACGUUUUUUGCUCGGAAGUUUGAGGCUGCAGUUAACCAAGAGAUCAUUGGUCAGCUGGAUUUCUACCUGUUUGGGAACUACCCAGCUGGCACAACAGCUCUGAAAGCAUACUGGGAAAACGUAUACGAUGAGCCAGAUGGUAUCCACAGCAUCAGUGACACAUACCUGACCAUGUAUCACUCAUUUGCUCGCCUAGGUCUAAAAAGAGCAGAGUCUUCCUGGCAUUCCAAAGAGGAGAAUAAGUGCAGAUAUUACGCUAUGGGCAACCCAGUCUCGGUUCAUCUCUAUUUCUAUACUGACCGGUUCCAAGGCUAUCUGCUGAAACACCAUGCCACAAAUCUGGCCACCAGCAAACUGGAAACUCUUGAGACUUGGGUGAUGCCAAGAAAAAUGUUUAAAGUUUUGAAUCCCACCAAUGACUUUGCACGGCUACAGUUUGCAGAGAUUGGCACAGAGUGGGAUGCUAAGGAGAGAAUUUUCCGAAACUAUGGUGGCCUCAUUGGGCCCAUGGAUGAGCCUAUUGGCAUGCAGAAGUGGGGCAAGGGCCCUAACGCCACAGUCACUGUCGUUUGGAUCGAUCCAAUUAACGUCAUUGCAGCUACGUAUGAUAUUCAGAUCGAGUCCAGUGCCGAGUUCACUCAUUACAAACCUCCACUGAAACUGCCCCUGCGCCCAGGCCUCUGGACUGUCAAGAUUCUGCACCACUGGACACCGGUGGCUGAGACAAAGUUUUUGGUGACUCCGCUGAUGUUCUCAAACAGGCAGCCGAUUGGAAAAGGAGAAACCCUCAAGUUACAUAGUGGUCCGUCUAAGAAUGCCUACAUGGAACAGAGUUUCCAAGGCCUGAGGAAUACCCUGAACAUACACACUACUCCCAACCAAGUGGAACAGGCAAAACAUAAUGCAGCACUCACUGGCUCACAGCUGGAGGGCUGGGUAGAUCCCAUGGUCAACAGUUUGUGGUCAGCUGUGGAUAUCUGUGCCAGUGGCCCCACCUCUUGCCCGAUCAUGCAAACCUGCAGCCAAACAACCUGGAGUUCAGAGAGUCCAGACCCCAAAUCAGAAUUGGGGCCAGUCAAAGCGAAUGGCCGUUUGAGGUAGCACCUAAUGCACCCCUGAACCAUCGUAAAAACACAAAUUGCCAAUCGGGUUUUCCCAUUAGUUCUUAGCAACAGUUCCCGGAUGUCUUCAUAGAAUUAUGACAAAGCUAGGGCAGUGCAUUUAAACUUGAAGAUGUUGAUUUUGACAGAGGUAAGCAGUGUUAGCUGUGCUGGUACUGUGAAAGAACAGAUGUAUUAUCUUGUACUGCAGAAAGUCUAGAAUGAAAAUUUAGCACUCUAUUUAUUUAAACAUUUUAGUCAGUGACUAAUGAGUAGGAGCUGCUUUUGCAGCUUGGUUUAUAUAUAUAUCCUAUUACUAAUCUGCCUUUAUUAACAAAGGCCUGUGCCCAGACUUCCUACCACCUUUAACUGUAUCUGAUCUAAAACAUAUAGAGGGUCUCAAAGCUUCUGUCAACAGGACUAUUUAAAUUGAAAUCAAUAGUUACACCUGCUGUAAAAGAGAGAGUCAACUCUCCUAAAUGGGUUGUAACGCACUUUGCUGAAGCAGUGCUCUCAGCACUGGCUAUUCUAUUAUAGAUGAUCAGAGCAUUAUACUGCAGCCAGGUUCAGAAAAUGAUGUAGUAAAACCAUCACUGUUAGCAACCCCAAAGCAAAUUAGAGUUUAUUCUAAUUUUUCAUGGCAAUGAUAUAGUAACUUAUUUAGAUCAGACAUUCCUUUGUAAACUUAGUUUUUUUUUAAAGAAAACUUGCAUCUAAUUUUGCAAAAAAAAUCACAUUGCACUUUCAAAGAAAAAGCUUCUUGAUUACAGCACCAGAAACCCAUCUUUAUGUUCAAAUCCUCAUGGUCAAGUAUGUCUAAAAAUGGUAUGUCUGAUUAAACAUUAUCUACUAUAGUUAAUUAAAAAUCUGGACGUUUUCACUUUUUUUUACAUUUGUUCUUAGGGCAUCUCAGAAGUGCUCCAUGUUGGCCUGUCUAUGCAGUUUGUAUUAAUUGUCAUUCUUUGAUGUGAUGUGUAGGCUGGGGUUGUUAAUUCUAUUGAAGGUGCUAGGUCUUGUGAACAGAUAGUGUCAUACACACACAUUUGAUCUCAGUACAUGAAGCUACUGUCUGUUGGGUUUUUAAGAGUAAUAGGCAGGCUAACUGCCCUGCUCAUUUACUUCAUCACAUCAGAAUAACUUAGGUCCCUGCUCCCAUUAGUCUGAAUAUCAGAUGAAGCGCCCUCCUAGUUUUAACUUCUGUUAUAAAGGCUUGUCAGUACUCCUGUUAAUAACUUGUGUUUGAGUAAUUUAUCUUUAAACAUUAGAUGGAUUCAGAGUUGCAUUUCAUGAUCAGCACUUGCCUUAGCCAAACUUCAUUCCUGCUUUCAGUUUAAAUAUUUCUCAACUUGUUCUGUGUGAACUCUCAACAACAACAACAAUUGCUAAAACCCUUGGGUGGCCAAGGAUUUACAGUUGCUCCGAAUCACAGGGUCCUUCUUGUUCAUGGUAACGUUGCAACAAAGGGGAAAUGAAGAAUUGCUGAACUGACAUGGGAAGUACUGUGAAUAUCGAGCAGAUUAGCCAGCAGGUGGGAGACAGUGACAGGGUCCCUAUUGUGGACAUUCCCAUUUCAGAGUUGCAUGGUGCCAUGUCAAAAAUUGCUCUACCUCCCUCCCUAGAAGUUUACUCAUUUCAAAUGCAUUUCAAACAUUGUUUUUAUUCCAGAUUUCCAUCUCUGACAGUGUUUUUAAAAUGUGUAAUCACAUAUUUACUGAAAUGAAUAAUAGAACUCUGAGCAUCAACUUUCUGUCCACUUCCAUGAAGUACCUGAUUUAUACAGUUUGGUUGAACUGGUACCUGCCACUCAUGAAUUUGUGGCAAAAUCAAUAACAAACAUAACUUCGCUUCAAGAGGUUGGUGGACAUAGAGACAGGAAUGGGGUUAGAAAAGUCAGUGAUCAGGAUAUUCACCCACACCGAUCCUGCCUCAGUCACAUUAGGAUAACAACGUCAAUAAUGUCUCAAAUUUGUGGAACUUUCAACAGACUGAUUUUAAAAGUUAAAUUCUGGUCAAUUUAGUUGUAAUAAUGUAUCUGUUGCCCAGUUGGUGAAUGAUUUGUGUUUAUCUCGUGAUUUCCAUCUGUUUAAAUCAAUGGUUGUAACAGAAUACAAACAGGCAGUUUGAGCAACAGAAAAAUCUCCACAUUCCUGUUAGGCUUGGGGAUUCCAAAUACUUCCUAAUUUGGGAGUGGUGAAAUCAGAAAUACAACCAACCAGUGUGGGAGAUUGAAGAGAGGAUAUCAUCAUGCCUUUUGUCUUCAGCCAUGGAAAAUGGAAAGCUUUUUUAAAAGAAUGAAAUGUGCUUUGGAGAUCCCACCUGUAAGGGAAAGAUUGUUGGCCAGGCUUGAUGAUUUUUGAGCAUUUAUGAAUACACACUGAUUAUUCCCAAAGGUUCCAUUAUCCCAAAACCAACCUUUAAAAUGUACACAGCAAGUAUCCUUUCCCAAUUUGUGCAACAUAUUGAAAAGUGCACAUUUAAAAACCUCAGGUUGGUUGAGACCGUUUCACAACUGAGCAAACCAAUGGCCUUUUUACACUGGGAGGAGGCAGAGAUGGAUGUGAAUCUCUGAAAUUGUUCACCAGCUGUCCCACUUUCAAUUGUCUGCUGUUAAUGCCAUGUAUUAAUUAUCAUGAAGCUGUCAACUCAAUGCCUUCUUCCUCCUGUGCUGAGGGGGAGCUGCCAUGGGUGCUACCUCAUGUGAAUGUGAGUAUAUUUUACCCGACAUCAUUGGUACUGGAAAUAUCUUCUGAGCCUGUUUCACCUGAGCUGAAUGUAUGAUCUAUGCAAGCUGUUCCUUGUAAUGAGAACACAACGCAAUUGAAGUUAAACUUGCCAAAUAAACUGCAAGAUACUGUACAGAUGUCUCUGAUGACAGAGCGAACAUUCAGGUGCUGUUCACUGCACCAAAUUUGUAAAUUGUCACGUAUUUUGUUCAAUGGACUUCGUUAGUCACAGUUAGGUCAAUUCUUGCCCAAAGACUAUACUGAAGGGUCUUUGUGUUAUUAAUGAUACACUUGUUACAUGUCAACAAUAGCGUGACUGUCAGAUAGUCAGUGCUGGCUUAUUACUUUGUCUCUCCUAAUAAAUUAGUGAUCAUGCCUGCAUUUUAAAAGACUAAAGACUACCGUACGGAAUUUAAAACAAAAAUUAUGGCUAUUUUAUUAUAGAUCCAAAUAAACAUUUAAAAAAAGACUAAGAAUUAUUUUAAACUGAACAUGUACUUACAAGAAAAGGACUAAUUCCGACAUGCAACUCAUUGAAAGGUGUAGAUAUUUGUUAUUUAUUUAAAAUAAUAAAAUAUUUUGAGGUUUUAAAAGGUGUUUAAUUUGACAAUUGGGUCAAAAGUUCUGAAAGCCAGUACAAUUUCCUGUAUGUAGAAUGUUCUAUUCAGCAAAUAUUGCACUAGCUGUUUUGCACCAAUUGCCCUCCAAUUAGCAGAGAAAAGACGAAACACAGAAAUUGUGCCUUAGCUGCCUUCUGGUCUGAGGAAGUCUGCUUUUGUCUGACAAAGCAAGUUUUUGCAGGUUAUCAACAAUUGUAUUAAAUGCUGUAUCGUACCAAAAACUGCUGUUGUAUAUAGUUGCCUACUGUCCUAUUGUGUUUUUGAUUGCAGAAUUUUAAAAUACAAAAAAAAACAAAA